GGAACCAGGCGAACGUAGACUGUCAUCUUGUCAUCAACGUCUACUCUCUCUCUCUUUCCCACUCAUCCUUCAAUGCCCGGGCAGGUUGUCCUCGACCACUCGGCCCUCCCACAAUUCAUAGACGACAUCCUCGCCAAUGCGCACUACUCGGUUCUCCUCGCCUUCCGCGGCACCAGCCGCCUCUUCCAGGCGCGCAUAGACGCUGAACUCUUCUACCACAUCACUGCGCGCGAGCACGACUACGAAGAGGACAUUCCGCCAGAUAUGCCGAUCGCUGAGCUCGCUGCGCGUCCGACACCCUCCAACGUUGAGCUGCGGACGGCGAGCGGCCGGCGCCUCCCCGGCGUGCGGUGGGAGGACGAGGAUGCCUCAGACGCCGAGCGGCUACAUUGGGCUGCACGAAUCCGGAGAUACACACGCGUCGUGGACUUCUGCAACGAUGUCUGUCUCGACAACCAAGAUCCAGUGCGGGACACAGCCCUCCUUGCCGAUCCUGAGGUGCGGCGGAUCUUGGAGGACCACGACCGUAACCUCCUGCGCUGGGCGUUGGGGAAUGUGCAGCGUGUGCGCCGCUGGGACAUGGGCACCAUCUUCUCCAUGGGCGCCGAGACGAUAGUGCAGUUCGCGCACGCCGAGACGUCAUGGGACGGAUACAUGUGCGAGCCCGGCGCGCUCUUCGACGACAUGUACGUCGAGCCGCUGGACAAGCUCGUCAUCAACCUCCGCUACGACCCCGGCAUCGCGUUGCUCGAGCAGUGCGACUUCGGGCACAAUACACACCGGCACCGGACGAACAGCUUCAACCGCCGGCGCAACCGCAUCGAGAAUCCGCGCGAGCUCGUCGUCAUCUUCGGCCACGACCGACGGUACGGCCCGGACACGCGUUUCGGGGGCCCGGGGAAGCCGCUUGACGACCUUCCUCAGCCGGAGGAGGACGCGCCUCCGCUCGGUCUCUUGCAUGGCGUCGUCGAGUUUCUCGGCUCCAAGCUGCACUGCGUCGAGCGCAUCGUGCUCGUCGGGCUAGACCGCGUCGAGCGCGCGUUCCUCAACGUCUCGCCAGGCAUCGCGGAGACCAAGCUCCACGACAAGGUGCGCAAGGCGAUCCGCGCCGAGAGCGCGGCGCAAGAGGACGACCUGUUCGACGAGGAGGAGAACCUCUGCCGCCUCGCUCUCAUGGACGAGCGCCUCGCCCAGUGGCAGUUCCACCCCGACUUUGACCAGUACGCCGUCGCCGAGUAUUGGGAGGCACGGAAGCAGGAGCUAGAGGGCGACUUUCGUGCGCUCAACAAGCUCGUACACCGCCUGCACACCGUCACGGCGGCAGACGGGUAUCCGAAUGGCCUGUUGAACGCCAUGCCCUCGUGGGUCAACCUCCCGGACCAGCCGACGUUUGCGAGCAUUCAUUUUAUGACGCACGACGAGUAUCGUGCGCGCUAUGGCGAGGACACCUGGGAGUUCGAGACGGAUGGGUACGAGGUUGAUUAGGGUGGCCAGGUGCUGCGCGUCGCGGGCGUGGUGAGCGGGCUGAUCGGUCGCACUGUGCAUCUGAAGAGGACAUACGAAGGAGCUGUAGCACACCAAGUAGGCAGAGCACGAGCUGCCUGUCAAUCACAUGUUGUACAGUACAUUGCAUUACAUUGCACACGCCAGAUUAUGUCGACUGGUGCUACAACAACACUUCCUUCUCUGCCUCUAUGAGUCCUUCUCCUCGUCGAGCAUAUCCCACCCCUCACUAAGUUCCUCCUGGCCCUCAUCCG